UAAGGUUUUGGCAACAUUUACUAAAUUUUAGUUAACAUUAAUGCAAAGUGAAAAAUGCAAUUCAAGACAUGCAAGGUUUAGGAAAAAUAUUUCCCAUUGAACAGUUCUGAAAUAUCCAUUUAUUACCAUAUACAUUAAUAUAUUUUUCUUAAUGGGUGAAUUUGUUAUAGAUGAGAUGUUAAAACCAACUCUUUCCAUUUAAAAAUACUAAGGUGACACACUGGCAAUUAUAACUCCAUUAAUAUAAUUGCAAGAACUUUAUAUCUUAUGUAAUUUGGAUUCUACUGCUUACUUGGGUGACUAUUAAAUAAUUUGAGGUUUUUAAAGACUGAGAAGCAUUUCUCAAGGUUAGCUUUCCCAAACAGAAAGUUGAGUGUUAUAAAUUCCACCUCCCACAGACCAGAAUUCACAUCCAUUGGUCAGGGGCAAAUACCACUGGCUCUGCGUCCUCGGUCACUUUAUGCCAUUUCACCAAGCCGGAGCCAAAGGAAAGUUUGAAAAAUGAAAAUAUUGGCAAGACUUGUUCUGGGACUUGUCAUCUUUGAUGCUGCUGUGACUGCCCCAACUCUAGAGUCCAUCAACUAUGACUCAGAAAACUAUGAUUCCACCUUGGAAGAUCUGGAUAACUUAUACAACUAUGAAAGCAUGCCUAUUGAUCAAACUGAGAAUGAAAUAGCGACAGUGAUGCCUUCAGGGAACAGAGAACUCCGAACUCCUGCCCUACAGCCUGAGGAGGCCCAGGAGGAGGAGGAGGAAGAGGAGUCCACCCCCAGGCUGAUCGAUGGCUCCUCACCACAGGAGCCCGAAUUCACAGGGGUUCUGGGCCCACACACCAAUGAAGACUUUCCAACCUGCCUUCUAUGUACUUGUAUAAGCACCACCGUGUACUGUGAUGACCAUGAACUUGAUGCUAUUCCUCCAUUGCCCAAGAACACUGCUUAUUUUUAUUCCCGUUUUAACAGAAUUAAAAAGAUCAACAAGAACGACUUUGCAAGCCUAAAUGAUUUAAGAAGGAUUGAUCUGACAUCGAAUUUAAUAUCGGAGAUUGAUGAAGACUCAUUCCGAAAGCUGCCUCAACUUCGAGAGCUCGUCCUGCGUGACAACAAAAUAAGGCAGCUCCCAGAGCUGCCGACCACUUUGACAUUUAUUGAUAUUAGCAGCAAUAGACUUGGAAGGAAAGGGAUAAAGCAAGAAGCAUUUAAAGACAUGUAUGAUCUCCAUCAUCUGUACCUCACUGAUAACAACCUGGACCACAUCCCUUUGCCGCUUCCAGAAAACUUACGGGCCCUUCACCUCCAGAAUAACAACAUUCUGGAGAUGCACGAAGAUACAUUCUGCAAUGUUAAAAAUUUGACCUACAUUCGGAAGGCACUAGAGGAUAUUCGAUUGGAUGGCAACCCAAUCAAUCUCAGCAAAACUCCUCAAGCAUACAUGUGUCUACCUCGUUUGCCUGUUGGGAGCCUUGUCUAAUUGCAAAUAACGGUCAGCGUCUUGAUGCCUACUAUAACAAAGCAAUUCUUACUGCUCUUUUCAAAACCAAAACUCAGCAUGAUACUUUCAAAUUGUGUUCUGAGGAAUGACAUUACAUAAAAUACAACAAAAAGUGUUACAGUAUAAUGGAAAUUUAGCAAUUUAAGGAAACACCAAAUGAGGUAGGAAUCAAUCUACAAGAUGUACAGAAAAAACAAAACUAAGUGAGAGAAAAUAUUUCAAAGAUAUUCUUAUAAAUCACAUGUAACAUGCAAGUUUUAGGGGUUCAUAUCUUAUAUGAUUUCAAAUUAAGUAUAUAAUAAAUAAUAACUCAUAAAUGAACACUUUAGUUAUUUUGGCAAGAUUUAGAUGUUUUUAAUUGAACUUUUCUAUUCUUUUUUUUUAAUUAAAGCAUGUUCUCCCCUAAUUCAUUAAAGAGCAUGGAGAAAAAAAUAAACAUAUUUGAAAAUU